GAUAUACAAGUUAACUAUGGAUUUCAGUUACCGUGGAUAAAGUUAGUCAGAAGUGUAUAAAUUAGUCAAUGUUGGCUAUUACUGGCUAGAUCUGCAAAUAACUGCUUCACACGAACGAAUUUGAAUAUAUUUGCACUGAUGGGGUAAGACCUAACGUUUUGGGUGCCCUGUGAACUCCAGGAUGACCGUAAACUUUAUUGGUGCCGGCUCUGGAAGAAUAGUGACAUUCACACGUGACAUUUAGGCCUUGCUGUUGUUCUCUGUAUUUGCGAAACCCUUGUUCAGAAGUCAGAAGUAGGGGGGUGGGAAAAUGUUCAGGCAGGCUGAGACGGCGAAGAGGCGGCUGAACCUGCACUCGGUGUCCCGGGUGCGGAGUCUGGAGGUGGCGCGGGGGCGGUCGGGGUACGGGUUCACGCUGUACGGGCACGCUCCCUGCCUCCUGGGCAGCAUCCUGAAGGGCAGCCCGGCCGACUACGUGGGCCUGCGGUCCGGGGACCAGAUCCUGAGCGUCAACGAGGUCAACGUGUCCAAGGCGUCCCACGAGGACGUGGUGAAGCUGAUCGGCCGCUGCUCGGGCGUCCUGCACCUGGUCAUCGCGGAGGGCGCCGCCCACCGGGACUCGUGCUCCAGCGACGAGGAGUUCGGCUUCCACGAGACCAAGAGCUACUGGCUCAAGCCGAAGGUGGACUCCAAGACGCUGGGCAUCAACCGGGCGGAGCGGGUGGUCGCCGAGAUGCAGUCCGGGAGCAUCUUCAACAUGAUCUUCGACAACUCCAGCCACUCGUCCGGCAGUUUGGAGCGAGCCCCGCCCGCCAGGCCUCGGCCGGUGUCCGAGCCGGACUUCCCCUGCCGGAGCCGGACCUGCAGCUCCAAGAGCAACCCGGACCUCCUGUCCGAGGAGGAGAUGGCCAAAGUGCUGAACGACGACUCGGUGUUCGUGGGCGCGUUCGAGGACCAGGAGGACUUUGCGCUGGACGCCGGCGAGCUGAACGUGGGCAUGGUGGUGGGCUACCUGGGCUCCAUCGAGCUGGCCUCCACCGGGGCCAACCUGGAGAGCGACAGCCUCCAGGCCAUCCGGGGCUGCAUGCGCAGACUGCGGGCCGAGCAGAAGGUGCACUCGCUGGUGAUGAUGAAGGUGACGCAGGACUGCGUGCAGCUGUGGAGCGAGAAGGGCGCGGUGCUGGCCUCCUACCCGGCGGAGAAGCUGGCCUUCAGCGCGCUGUGCCCGGACGACCGCCGCUUCUUCGGCCUGGUGACCAUGCAGGCGUCGGGCGAGGAGGAGGAGGAGGAGGAGGAGGAGGAGGGGGAGGAGGCCGGCCUGCGGACGUCCUGCCACGUGUUCCUCGUGGACCCGGAGCUGUGCUCCCACGCGGCGCACCAGGGCGUCGCCCGGCGCUUCGGGUUCGAGUGCACGCCCGACCCGGACACCAGCGGCUGCCUGGAGUUCCCGCCGGCGUCCCAGCCGCUGCUGCAGUUCGUGUCGGUGCUGUACCGCGACAUGGGCGGGUCCAUCGAGGCCCUGCGGGCGCGCGCCUUCGCCGACGGCGAGCUGGACGCGCUGCAGAACCGCAGCACCAGCAGCAACAGCGACAGCGGCAUCGGCAACUUCCUGCCCGAGGAGCGGGGCGGCCGCGUGCUCCUGGUGGACCUGGGCGGCGGCUCCGCCCGCCACGCCCCCGCCGGGCCCUGGGACAGCGGCACGCAGGGCCGGAGCUCCGGGCCGGCCGCCGCCGCCGCGCUGCGGAACGGAUACCGCGGCUGCGAGCCGGAGGGGAAGUUCCACCUCCCGGAGCUGUCCCACCCCGACGCCCACGGGCCCCCGGGCAGGCCCCUGGGUCCCCCGGCCUGGAUGGAGGUGCCGGUCCCCCCCCCCUACCCCGGCGGUAAGAUGGCAGGUGUUAGCGUAGCCGCCCAGCGCUGGCUGCCUGUUCACGUCCUGCAGGACUGGCGCCAUGGCAACGCCAGCGACCAGGAGUCGUACGCGGAAUCCACCGACGGCUGGUCCAGCGCCAACUGCAGCACCCUGCCCCCCCCCAUGAGCAAAAUCCCCGCCGACCGCUACAGGGCCGCGGGGGACCUCGCCCGCCCCCCCAGGACCGACACGCAGAAGGACGAGUGGGCCAAAGACCUGUUCCCCGCCGCCCAGGCCUUCAGAGACCCGCAGAACGGGAAGAGGAGCAAAGACAGAGAAAAGAAGGGCUCCAGGUUCGGGGGCAUCUCUCUGGGACUCCCUCGCCUGCCUCAGCGGUCCUCCGGACGGCGCUCCUUCGGCCGGUCCAAGCGCCUCAGCCUGGCCCGCUCGCUCGACGACCUGGAGUCCGCGGCUGUCUCAGAUGGUGAGCUGAACAGCGCUGACCUGAAGGGCUGCGGCAGCGAGAGCAGCCUGAGCAGCAACGCCAGCCUGCCCAGCGUCCAGGGCCACCGUCGCCACGCAGAGCGCCGCGUGGCCAGCUGGGCCGUCUGCUUCGAGCGGCUGCUGCAGGACCACGCCGCCGUCAGAUACUUCUCGGAAUUUCUAAAGAAAGAAUUCAGCGAGGAAAAUAUCUUAUUCUGGCAGGCCUGUGAAUAUUUCAGCCAUGUGCCUGAAAAUGACAAGAAGCAGCUAUCCCAGAGGGCUCGGGAGAUCUACAACAGCUUCCUGUCCAGCAAGGCCACCACGCCGGUCAACAUCGACAGCCAGGCCCAGCUGGCCGACGACAUCCUCAACGCCCCCCGCCCCGACAUGUUCAAGGAGCAGCAGCUGCAGAUCUUCAACCUGAUGAAGUUCGACAGCUACAGCCGCUUCCUCAAGUCCCCGCUGUACCAGCAGUGCAUGCUGGCCGAGGUGGAGGGCCGGCCCCUGCCCGACCCCUACCACAUCCCCAGCAGCCCUGCUUCCUCCAAGCACAGCGUCAACUCGGACCGCUCCGCCAUCUCCACUCCCAAAAAGGACGGUAAGAAGGCCAAGCCGGGCCGGUCACUCAACGAGGACUACCGCGAUGAACACACCGAUAAGAAGAAAGGCAUCUUCUUCUCCUGGUCCCGGAACAGGAGCUUUGGGAAGGGGCCAAAGAAGAGAGACUACGGAGAUUUAAAUUAUGAUUUCUCGGACAGGAACGGCCGCAGGGAAUCGCAGGGCUCCCUGUCGUCUGGGGCGAGCGUGGAGCUGGGCGUGUCCGGUCCGGGGGGGAAGGGUGAGGGCGAUGCCCGGAGUGCCGCGUCGGAGCGGGACAAGGCGCUGCGGCAGUGCAAUAUAAACCUGCCGGAUGGCUCCUGCCGCCCGGUGCCCAUACGGCCGGGCGUGUCCAUCCGGGAGCUGCUGCUGGGGCUCUGCCAGAAGCUCUGCAUCAACCUGGCGGCCGUGGACCUCUUCCUGGUGGGGGGCGAGAAGCCUCUGGUUCUGGAUCAGGACUGCGUCACGCUGAGCUCCCGCGACCUGAGAUUGGAGAAGCGCACGCUGUUCAGGCUGGACCUUGUCCCCAUUAACCGGUCCGUGGGCCUGAAGGCCAAGCCCACCAAGCCCGUCACCGAGGUCCUGCGGCCCGUGGUGGCCAAGUACGGCCUGCAGCUCGGCCACCUGGUCGCCAAGAUCAGCGGAGAGACGGAGCCCCUGGACCUGGGCCUGCCCAUCUCCAGCCUGGACGGUCUCAGGGUCAUCCUGGACGUUGCCGAUCACACGUCGGGAAAAGAGAAGCAGAAGCUGGGUUCCUCAAAGAGCCACGCCCCCCCGCUGAACUCACGGAGCUACUCCACCACAGUCGAUGACAAACCCCGGGGAAAGUCGUGCUCCGUGCGAGUGCGCGGGGAGCCGGCCCGUGGGCCCCGGGACGAACGGGCGCUCAGAGCUGAAGACUCAGUUGAUAAAGUGGAAAAGAGAAAGCAGAAAAAGAUUAAUAUAGACGAAGCUGAAGAGUUCUUCGACCUCAUAUCCAAAGCUCAGAGUAACCGAGCGGACGACCAGAGGGGCCUACUGAACAAGAAGGACCUGGUGCUGCCGGACUUCCUGCGCGUGGGGCCCGAGCCCGCCUGUUCCACCCCGGCCCCCCGGGACCAGGGCCCCGAGCGGAGGCGGGGGGCGCGGGAGGCCGGGGGCGGGGGCAGCGCCCUGAAGGCCAGCCACUACUCCCAAAGCCUGGACUCGCCCCUGGACUGUGGCCCCCCCGUGGGGCCCCCCAGGGGCCGCGGGCGCCACGCCCUAAUGCCCCCCGGCUCCGGGCGGAAACCCCACCCCCUGGACCACGCCCCCUUCUCCUCCACCCUAUCCCCGAUCCCCCACAUGCCCGACGGCCAAUCGGAGGAGCCGCAGCUCGGUGGGCAGGGAGGGGUGGCCAGGACGGUGGAGGAGGAGGAGAACCUGGCGGAUUUGACUCUGGUGGGCGAGGGUGACAUCACCAGCCCCAACAGCACCCUGCUGCCCCCCCCCUCCCCCGCCGUCCCCUCCCUGCAGGAUAGCAGCCUGCCCGAGGCUGACUUUACCCCCCCGUCGCCCUGCCUCCGAGCGGACCCAAUCUCGCCGGAGCCCCAGUCCUGCUCAGACGCCGCAGAGGGGAGCUCCCGAGGACAGCCGCGCUCUCCCGUGAGCCCGCCCGUCCCCCCGCCCGCCGGCCGCAUCGUCGACGUGGACGGGGUGCGGCUGGAGGAGGCGUCGCGCGGCGGGGACCCCGGAUUGAGCCUCAGCUUCGAGGGGUACGCCUCCGAGCUGCGUGAGUGCCAGGGCAGGAUGCGGAGUGGGGCGUGCAAGGCCUCCGAGCUGCCCUCCCUCCUCAACGCCAAGCCCAGCAACAGCACAGCCAACAAGGCCACCUUCGUCUGAUAGCGGGCGCUGCGGGGCAGCGCAGUGCGACCGGUUCCAACCGGCUGCAACCUGCUCCAACCGACUCAAACCGGCUCAAACCCGGAAAUCUACGACCUGGGACCACCCCUGUACAUACAGUAAAGCAUGCUCGGAAUACAGUGUAAAUAUGUGAGCUUGUUGUUAAGCACUGCUGUUGUACUGUAAGUCUGGAGCAGUGAAAGGACUAGGCUUGUUUUGUUUGGUUUUUUUUCUCUCAAAUUCAGUGUUUUCAGGUUUAAUGGUAUGCUGCGUCGCAUAACCUAUUGAUUUUAUUAACACAGAACCAAGCUGUGGCGUCAGCAAAAAAAAAAGGGAAAGGGCCCUUACUGCUACAGUAAGGCUUUACGGAAUGAGAGUUACAGGGCUUGGCAUCGUAGUACUACGGUUUUACUGGUGCGGUUUGCCUAGUGACCUUAUAACCACGUUUUUCCGUUUUUAGGCAACAAAAGAAAAGGCACUGAACACGUGAUGUGCUUCCGGUACGUUCCAGUGGGAGACUCGGUGUAUCGAUAUACAUUCCUUAGCAGGCCUCCUCUGUGCCAAAAUAUGUAUUAAUUUGAUGUUGCCGUAUGUAAAGUAGUUUGGUGUAGUGCAGCUGGUCGUGGUAGUGAACCUUCAGCCCAGCUUUAGCUUUCGUGCCGUGUAACCUCAGCAACAUUUCACCGACUUUGGGUCCAAAACCUCCCAAAAUCUCCUGCUACGACUGACUGCACGGACAUCAACGGCUGAAUAAUGUGGCCAUACAGUAGGCCUGGAAUUAUUCCACGCGCUCUUUGAUUUGUAUUUUUGUAAACAUUGCAGUAUUCUUGCCUUUCACUUGUAGGCUAGUCAUUUAUCUCUUUACCUGGUUGAAGCCAUGUACAAUACUUAGUUUAUAACCAAUCACACUGUAUAGUUCCUGUAUAAUAAUUCCCAUUUUCAUAAACGUGACUGAAUACAUUUCUAUGCAUCGGUUGUGUGUGUGGGUUAAAGAAUCAAGCGACUGGUGGUAGGGCAAUUGAACUGUUUGAUUCAGUUUGUAUCCUUGCUGCACUGAACGAAGUCGCCUUUAACGGGUGAAAAUGAUGUUUAGGUUCCCCUGGCGCGAGCAAAUGGACUGAUUCGUAGAGAAUGUGUGUGUGCUCGCGCUGACUUCAGACUUUCAGAUCUGUGAAACCGCAAAUGUAAUAUACUGUUCUAAAGACUGUCGAAUCGUGACUACUGAUCUAUUAAGUGUCAAACCCUUCAAAGAGCAUGUUUAAAUGAAAGGUGAACUGAUGUUGUCACUUUUGUUGUACAUGCGCUUGCUAAAGAGAUGUAAAACGAACGCACUACCUUAACCGGUCUUUUCAGUCGCAUACAGUUGUUUACAGACGCAUUCCAAGCUUCCGUAUGGUAAUAUAUCUGCACCUUGGCCGGUUUAAUUGUAUCAAUAGAUGCUGUUAAUGUUUCAGAACUGAAUAAAAUUAAAAGAUCCAAA